GGCAAUAGCCAAAGGGAUAGCUGCUCUAAUUUUUCUUCUCAUACUCGGACUUACACAUACCUACUAAGACUGUUUCUUCUUCUUCAACUUAAUCUCAUCUUAUAACUCAUCUUGUCUUCUCUUUUACUUUCAGUCAAGGCAACUACACCAACAGCACAACCGUUACAAUGUCAAAUGCCACAGCAGACAAGGACCGCACCGACUCCGCUGAAGAGUACGCCUCCGACUCUGCCGCCGAGUCACCGCCCCCCCAGCCUCCCCGCCGUGAGAGAAGACAGAUGACGAGGACCCAGCGUCGCGGCAAGUCUCAAACCGGCGGCGGCCAGCUCGGUGCACUGGAUAACUUGCCCGUGGCCGGCGAUUUAGGAAACCAAGUAGGGCAGGUUGCGCAGACAGCACAGGGCGCAGUGGGCGGCGUGACAAACGCGCUGGGAGGUGUCGCAGGCAAUGCGGUCCAACAGCAAGGCGGCGGUGAUGGCGGGAAGAGCGACACAUUGAGGCUACGGCUGGAUUUGAACCUGGAUAUUGAGAUUCAGCUCAAGGCCAAGAUUCACGGAGAUCUGGAGCUGGCGUUGUUGACUGGCUAGUUAUGGGGCCCUACCAUAUCACCCGCAUUUAAAAAUUACAAAAAAUUUUAAAAUUAGAAAGAAAAAAAAAAAGACAAAAUCGGCUAAUAACGUUGCGCUCUUUGUUCACAACACCAGGAACUGAGAAGACAAAGCGAUUUUCACAUCAAUCAACAACGACGACAGCAAAAACCGGCGCUUCUAUUUUUAUAAUGAGAGACCUGAUCAAUAUCAGAUGUGGAGGCGUAACCGGAUGGCUCCUUCUAUUUUUUUCUUUUUGAUCCCUUUUUUUUUUGACGCUUUCCUUUUUGUUGUUGUUCAAUUUGUUUACAUGAGCCUCUUGUAUUGUGUCCUUUUCUUUUGGGAAGAGGCUUGGGCACUAGGAGGAGAAUAGUUAUAGCGUGGGAGGGUGAGAAUAACUUUGUCCUGGAAUGUUACGAUUAUCACACGCAUGUAUUUGUCGAAUAAAGAUGGAGAGGUGAACGAGCAAGAUCAUGGCUCUGCCUCUAGUUAAUGAU